AUGUCGACUAUUAUCUCCAUUAAGGCCCGUGAGAUCCUCGAUUCUCGUGGCAACCCGACCGUUGAGGUUGAUCUUACCACUAAGGACGGCAUGUUCCGCGCUGCCUGCCCCUCUGGUGCUUCCACUGGCGAGUUCGAGGCUCUUGAGCUCCGUGAUGGUGAUAAGGCCCGUUAUCAGGGUAAGGGUGUCCUCAAGGCUGUCGCCAACGUCGAGAAGGUCAUUGCCCCCGCUAUCAUCGGCAAGGACGUUACCGAUCAGGCCGGUAUUGAUAAGUUUAUGGUUGAGGAGUUGGACGGUACUCAGAACGAGUGGGGCUGGUGCAAGGCCAAGCUCGGUGCCAACGCCAUCCUCGCCGUUCUAUGGCUGUCUGCGUGCCGUGCUGCCGCCUCGAACAUGCCUCUCUAUCA